AUGAUUUGUAAAAUUCAUAAACGCUUUUCAAUUCUAAGGUCAUCCAGUGAUGAUGGAAAAUUUAAAAAUUACUUUUCAUUUAUGAAUAUUUACUCGCUUCUAGGAUUGCACUCAACAACGACAGCUGGAGCAGUCCAAAUGAAAAACCUAAAUGCAAAGGGUCACGAUUUAAUUCUUCUCUACAAACAUGAAAUUUUUUUCUGCAAAUGCAUAUUACAUCAACUAUUUCUAAAGGUUAUGUUAUUUUACCAGAGGUUUCUUUCCACUUUGGUUUUAUUGAAACACAGCACAACAAACCACCGCGGUAUAAAAACAUGUGUCAGGAAUGAGAAUUGUGUCAAUCAUUGUUCUGCUGCUGGUUCUUCUAACAACAGUGAGAUUAAAGAGAUGAAAGAAAUGCCUAAGGAUAACGAAAAAGGAUACAUUAAGGCUUUGGUUUUAUUGAAACACAGCACAACAAACCACCGCGGUAUAAAAACAUGUGUCAGGAAUGAGAAUUGUGUCAAUCAUUGUUCUGCUGCUGGUUCUUCUAACAACAGUGAGAUUAAAGAGAUGAAAGAAAUGCCUAAGGAUAACGAAAAAGGAUACAUUAAGGGUGAAAAAUGUCGAAAUGGAGAUAAAUGA